AUGGAUGUGAUUAGAAGAGAAGCAGAAGGAUGUGACUCUUUACAAGGGUUCCAGAUCACCCAUUCGCUUGGUGGCGGUACUGGUUCAGGUAUGGGUACCUUAUUGAUAUCCAAAAUGAGAGAAGAGUUCCCAGACAGAAUGAUGGCUACUUUCUCGGUUGUUCCAUCACCAAAGGUUUCUGAUACCGUUAUCGAACCUUAUAACGCCACCUUGUCGAUCCAUCAAUUAGUGGAGAACUCUGAUGAAACUUUCUGUAUUGAUAACGAAGCCUUAUAUAACAUUUGUCAAAAAACUUUGAAAUUACCACAACCAUCAUACGCCGAAUUGAACAACUUGGUUUCGUCCGUUAUGUCUGGUGUCACCACCUCGUUACGUUAUCCAGGUCAAUUGAACUCUGACUUAAGAAAAUUAGCCGUCAACUUGGUUCCUUUCCCAAGAUUGCAUUUCUUCAUGGUUGGUUACGCUCCAUUAACCUCCAUACGUUCCCAGUCAUUCAGAUCCUUAACCGUUCCUGAAUUGACUCAACAAAUGUUUGACUCGAAGAAUAUGAUGGCUGCCUCUGAUCCAAGAAAUGGUCGUUACUUAACUGUGGCCGCUUUCUUCAGAGGUAAGGUUUCCGUUAAGGAAGUCGACGAUGAGAUGCACAAGGUUCAAACUAGAAACUCUUCGUACUUCGUCGAAUGGAUUCCUAAUAACGUGCAAACUGCUGUUUGUUCUGUUCCUCCAAAGGAUUUGGACAUGUCCGCUACCUUUAUCGGUAACUCUACCUCGAUUCAAGAAUUAUUCAAGAGAGUUGGUGAUCAAUUCAGUGCGAUGUUCAGAAGAAAGGCUUUCUUACAUUGGUAUACUUCUGAAGGUAUGGAUGAAAUGGAAUUCACUGAAGCUGAGUCUAACAUGAAUGACUUGGUCAGUGAAUACCAACAAUACCAGGAUGCCGGUGUUGAUGACGAAGAAGAAUUGGAUUAUGCUGAUGAAGUUCCAUUAGAAGAUGGCUUAGAAUAA